ACAUCCGCCAUUCACUACCUCCUGACCUCACGCCAUCGCCGCCAGCAGCGCGGGAAGGACAGGUCCUGAUCAACGUGGUCUAGAUCUGUCGACUAUGUGCCUCGAUCCGACUUGAGCAGCUACGGACAUGAGCUCAUCGCCGUCGGUGCCCUCGACCACCAUGCCUCCCGCCCGUUCCUUCGACGCGAAGGUCGACGAGAAGAAACCGAGCAAGAGCGACAUCAACUGGGUCAUCAUGGACUAUCUCGUUUCUGAGGGCUACCCUGCGGCAGCAGAAAAGUUCGCACAAGAGACCAACCUCGGCAGCCCUGAUGACUUGGAGAGCAUUCGUGAGCGUGUUGCUGUACGCGAUGCUCUUCACUCGGGCAAGGUGGAGGAAGCCAUCGCGCUCAUCAACGAGAUCGAUCAUCAGAUCCUCGAUCAAGACCAGCUUCUCCACUUCAAUCUGCUGCAGCUGCAACUCAUCGAACUCAUACGCAGCAUCAUCAUCCGCCCAACGAACAGUACGACGCCUGCGAGCGAUGAGUUUCGCCCGGCACUGGAAUUUGCCACAGAGCAGCUCGCACCCAAAGCACCUACGGAAGCAAAGUAUCAGGAAGCACUACAGCGCACAAUGGCGCUUAUGAUAUUCUCACCGGAGAAGAUGCAGCCUGAGUUCAAAGAGCUAUUAGACCUUAGGCUGCGAGAAAGAGUAGCCACUAGCGUCAACAAAGCAAUACUGCAGAGCAGAGGACAGCGGUCAGAGGCGAAGAUUCGAAAGCUAGUUCGAGGCCGAGCAUGGGCAGAGAAUCUAGCACGGGAGUCGAAGGCAGAAAUACCUUUAUCAAUCCCUAUCGGACUUGAUGGAGCAGAUACGGUGCAGGUCACUGGCGAUGCUAUGGUGCAAUGAUAUCAUGACUGGAGGCUAUGAGAUAUGUGAGCCUAUGGUUUAGCGUUGGCGCUGGCGGUACUCGGCGGUUUGGACCACUCGACUUUGCAAGUCAACUUUUUCCCCUUAUUCUGUUCCAACCUUUCGUUCUCCGAGCUCAUUGCUCUGACUUUAAUCUCUUUGUCGCGGAUGUUGGGGGGCCUCUGCCUCGACACCAGGUCUGCUCGAGGGUAGUAGACUUCGGGUCGCCGCUAGUAGUGCCACUCCUUCUAUAAUAAAGGUAUAAUAGGCGAUCCCUGAGUGGUAGAAGUAGACGGUAUGAAUGAUGUGAUGAAUUUGAU